CAGGAGGCCAUAACUCAAGGACUGGUCUGAAUCAAAGAUGACCAGCUCUGGCAGGGAGGAAUGGGAGGAUUGUACCCAGACCCCUGGCUCCCCAACUUCAGUCUGUAUGGGCUGGGAGGGAACCUGAGCCCAAAAGAUGGAAGCAGAAAACACAGGAAACCGGGAAGCUGUGAUUCUAGACUGGGCCUGGGUCCUGCAAGGGUUGUGGAGACCAAGGCUCUUAGCCAAUGGGCGCUGGCCUCAGGCUGCCUCAGGAAGCAAGGCAUGUGAGGUGUGCUGAGGGCAUGGCAAGUAGAACCCUGGCCCUGUGUGAGGUGAGGCUUGGUUGCCUGGUGACUGUCCCUGGGCAGCCAUCUGCUGUCAGAAGGACCUGCUCUGCUCACCUCUCAGCCGCAGACACCCUGGUACCACUCUUGCCCUUGCCACCAUGUCGCGGCAACUCAACAUGGACACAGUGCAACAGAACUUCUGGAAGGAGGAGUUUCUGAGGCAGAAGAUGUUGCGCUGUGAAUGGCACCGCAAGUAUGGGUCGAUGGUGAAGGCCAAGCAGAAGGCCAAGGCUGCAGCCCGCCUCCCCCUCAAACUGCCCACCCUGUACCCCAAAACCCCACUCUCACCCCCACCCGCACCCAAAGCAGUUCGUUCCAGGGCCCCUAGCCCUGCCCCGGGAGCUCCUAUUCAGUCAGAAAUGUACCCAGUACCACCUGCCACGCGGGCCUUGCUGUACGAAGGCAUCUCCCACGACCUCCAGGGGCGCUACCACUACCUGAACACCCGAAAACUGGACAUGCCAGAGAUGCGCUACCUCUUCCCUGUCACCACCAACUUCACAUAUGGCUGGCAGCUGGGUCCCCCAGUGAAGCAAGAACUGGUCUCCUGCAAGAUGUGCCGCAUUGAAUCGUUCUUCCGCAAGAACGGGGCCUUCGCACUGCUUGACCCCAGGGACCUGGCUCUCUGACCUUGGGCCAGGAGGCGGCUUAGAGGAGGGAAGAAGAAUCACGCGCCACCUAGUGGGAAGAAGCUCUUGCAUGUGUCUGUGUGUUUGGCUCUCCCAGGCCCUGGACUGCGUUCUGGGCUUUUCUGAAACUACCUCUGAUCUGUAGAUUGGCCUCUUGCUUCUUCCUUAACCCCCAUCUCUUUAAUCAUCCUUUUGAAAAUUCAGCAAUGGUUAGACGAGAGCUGGGAAGGUUGAAGGCUACUCUCCAGGCGCAGGUUUCUCAGUGCCAGGGGACCACAGUAGCUGCUGGAAGUUCUUGGUAUUCCUGGGGAGAGAGUGGCCUGUCAUCCCAGAUGCCAGAGAAAGGGGGCCGCCACCACCCCCACAAGCCUCCCCUCGCCCCCUCACCUGGCCCCGAGGGCCCGCAGCCACCCUGUCCUCUCCUGGUGCAUCUGUCUCAGCUGCUCCUGCAGGGCGCGCCGCUGCCCCGCAGCGUCCUCCUGGGCAGUGCGGGGCACUGAGCGCGCUCACCUCCCAGCCCCACAGCUCGACGUAGCCAGCAGGGGGCAGCACCGGGACAUACUCGCCCCGCUCAGCCCCCUCCCAGCUCUCGAUCUGUGUCUGCACAAGUGCGCGGUGCACACACUUGAAAGGGAACCAGGACGCACCCAGCUUGGCCCAAGGCCCCUACUAACCUCUCCCGGAGGUCUUGCCUGUGACGAGAGCUGAGCCGGGCUGGGUGGGGACCCCAGGGGGUGCACCCGGCAGUGGCGGUUCCUGACGAUGCUAAGACGUCCCAGGAC